CACAUUUCAACAUAGCAAAAACUUCCCAACUUUGUGAUCAAAUACUAUCAGCUCCCAAGCUUUCAAGAGAGCAACAGCUUGAAUCCUCGUGGGCAUCGGAUCAUGUAUAAUCCGUGUUGUUGCCUGAGGCCACGAGUGCCUUCCUCUACUUGAAAAUCUGCCUCGUCCGAAUUCCUCUUCCAUGACCUUCUCAAUAUUUCUUCGAGCCUCACCACCUCGGCCAACUAGCACCCACCACACUUUCUCAAAGUCUUUGAGACCUUCAACGCCUUCAUGACCACACGAUAGUCUCUGCAGAGAAGACGGUACGUACAACAAUCCCUUCUCUCCCGCGCUUAAUUGUUCCUGCGCUCCAUUCUUCACCAUUCGUGGCUUGCCAUUCCAAGCUGGAAAUGCCCAAUUACACGCGCGGUGAAGAGAAUGGCCGCCCUCCUUUGAUAUGAUGAUAGAUAAAGCUGGCACCAGUCAUAUGGACAGACUUUGUACUCAAGUCCUUGCUGAAAUUGCUAUACCUUCGGGUUUCUUCUGAUCUUCAAAUCUACCCCUCACCGAGUUUUCAGCUUUUCAUUUGGUCUUUGCUGACGACCUUUUCCAGUUGAGUCCCACUUCUUCUUCGACGCCAACUUCGACUUCAGUUACUCAAUUACUUUUCGCCCAUCAUGGUUCUCCACAAUCCAAACAAUUGGCACUGGGUCAAUAAGGACGCGUCAGGCUGGACCAAGUCAUGGCUGGAAGAGAAUGUCAAAGAGAUCAAGGCUGAGGAGAAUGGUGUCACCGCUCAAUUGGACAAGUUGGUUAGCAUGGAUGGAGACGUCGAUGUCAACCAGCGUAAGGGCAAGGUGAUCACUAUCUUCGAUGUCAAGCUGGUUCUCGAGUACUCUGGUAAGCCACUCUGCCUUGUCCAUCUGUCAAGAAUCUUUCUGACCUCUCUGCGUAGGCAAAACCAAAGACGACGAGGAUGUCAGUGGCACCAUCACCGUUCCCGAGGUAGCUCAUGACACAGAAGAAAACGAGUAUGUUGUAUGUCUUGUCGUCCCCAAUGGGCGCUUACCAUGGCCCGACUAACCAUCAUCAGUUUGACAUAGAUAUCUACUCAGAUGCCAACUCGAAGGCUCCAGUCAAAGACCUCGUUCGCGCAAAGAUUCUCCCGCAAUUGCGAAAGCAAUUUGCAAAGCUUGGCCCAGCGUUGAUUGCUGAACACGGCAAGGAUAUCCAACACGCACCUGGCUCCGGCCCUACCAGUGGUGUCUCAACUCCCAAGUUGCACACCCCUUCCGCUCCUACCACCUCUACGCAGUCGACAAUUCAAACUGCAAGUAACAAAGUUACAUCGGUAAACACCACAACGGUUACUGAUACUGAGGAAUUCCGUGCUCCGGCAACAGAAUUAUAUCAAACCUUCACUGAUCCCCAGCGUAUUGCUGCCUUCACUCGUGCUGCUCCAAAACUUUUUGAGGGUGCUAAGAAAGGUGGCAAGUAUGAACUCUUCGGUGGCAAUGUUUCAGGGGAAUAUCUCGACCUCAUUGAGCCAACCAAGAUUGUUCAGAGCUGGCGGUUGGACCAGUGGCCAAAGGGACACUUCUCCAGACUUGAGAUCAAUUUUGAUCAGAAUGAUGUAGAUAACGUCACCGUCAUGAGAGUCAGCUGGAGUGGAGUUCCAAUUGGACAAGAGGAAGUGACCAAGAGAAACUGGAAGGAGUAUUACGUUAGGAGCAUCAAGCAGACUUUUGGGUAAGUUUUCCUCUGAAAAUUAUCUUUUGAUGACCAAAACUAAUAAAAGCUUCAGCUUCGGUACAAUCCUGUGAUGAAUUAUACGAAGCUAUUUACAGACGACAUACAUGAAACAAACACGAAUUGAAAUGCAAUGCAAUGGUAGUUAAAAGAUGCUCUGCUUGAUAUUGGUGUUACUUAAGUUUAGGUGCGCCUUAGAAAUCUUCAAUGAAAACUUGAUGCCACGAUAUCUCUACUAAAUGAAUGAUGUCUUUUGUGGUCAUCUUGUGUAAUCGCGGUUUAAGCACUCUCUUGACACUAGUCACCAGUCCUAUAUCACAAUUGUUUGGGAGGCUGGUACACAAGAUACCAAGUCAGCCACGUAUUCUUUACGCAAAUUUACAAGACCAUAACUUUCUC